AUGAGUUGUUUACAAAACAGACGACACAAGUUUUGGAAAACGACUGCGGUACAGGAGUUAGUGGGGUAACUCAAACCCAUGCUCAAACCAAAAGAGCUACGCAGUUAUAAGUUGUAUUUGGUUACUUAAUUCUCUAUAAUUCGUUAUUAACCCACUACCUCUGGAUCUUGUCAAAAAUGUCCCCGGUUAAUACAGGCAUACUUUUCUUACAGUUUAGCUCUGUAAUGAAUCCCAAGUUGCUAUCCAAGAUUGUCUCAGCAGCAGUUCAGAAGGCUGAAAAACUUCUUUACAUCAAAGUCAAAGGCCUUCCUCUAUCUGAAACCAAAAUUUCAACCUACAACAGAAUUGUUAAUCAGAUUUACCAUUUAUCUUCCAGAAGUGCCGUUGACCGUUUUGACACCAGAGUUAUACUGACUGAUUUCAAGGAUUCAUUACUGAGUUUGAAUGAUUCCAGUACAAACAAAGUGCAAACAAGCUGCUUAAUUGAUACAGUGAUCACUGUAAAUCAAGAAAAGUCAUUCACAGAGUAUAUUUUGAAUAAGCGAAAUGGAAUGACCAAUGAGGUGUUGCAGGUUGAUUCCCAUUUGAGUGACUGUGAAACACCUUUGAAUCUAGAACCCCAACAGAAAAAGUUUGUGGACCUUCCUAAUACUGCUGAUGAAGAUAGAAUGUAUGAUCAUGUUGUAAUAGGAGGUACCUUCGACAAUCUCCAUAGUGGCCACAAAAUGUUAAUAUCAGCAGCAAUAUUGAGGGCCAAAAAGAGUUUAACAAUUGGCGUCACAGACAGCAUUAUGAUCAAAACAAAAAAGCUGUGGGAGUUGAUUGAACCUUGUCAAACAAGAAUCAAGAAGCUGGAGGAGUUCCUUAUGGAUGUCGAGCCUCGACUAGAAUACCGUGUCGUCCCCAUUACAGAUCUUUAUGGGCCCACAAAAGACGAUCCUGCUCUACAACUGUUGGUUGUAAGCGAAGAAACCCAAAGAGGAGGACUCAAAAUCAACGAACUACGAAAAGAAAAAGGGAUGAAUCUAUUGGAUAUCCACACCAUUUCGAUAAUUGACGAUCAUCAUGCCGGAGUAGAAGAAGAGAGCAAAAUCAGUUCGUCGUCAUUUAGGAAACGCCUUCUCGGAUCCCACAUUAAACCGCCCAAAUUCAAGACCAAGCCUUUUGUUAUUGGAUUGACCGGUGGCACCGCGAGUGGGAAAUCAACAAUUGCAAAGCGCUUGAAAGAUUUGGGUGCGCACAACAUUUCGUGCGACCAAUUGGGUCAUCUGGCUUAUAAAAAGGGAACGGAGUGUUACCGUCAAAUGGUUGAAUACUUUGGACCAGCCAUAUUAAAUGAAGAACACGAAAUUGAUCGGAAAAAAUUGGGACCUCUAGUUUUUUCGAACAAGGAGCACUUGGAAAGGCUGAACAUGAUGGUGUGGCCAGAGAUCCGUCGUUUAUACACCAAGGAAAUCAACGAGCUUAGGGAACGAAACUUCCAAGGUGUAGUCGUGCUUGACGCUGCCGUUCUUUUAGAAGCAGGAUGGCAAGAAGAUUGCGCUGACGUAUGGGUUGCGAUGAUCCCAAAAGAAGAGGCAAUCAAACGCAUCGUAGAACGAGAUCGAUUAUCGCCAGAACAGGCAGCCAAGCGCGUUGAAUGCCAGCUCAGCAACAGUGACCGGGUGGCCAGCGCUAAUGUCGUUAUUUGCUCUAGUUGGGAACCUGAAGUCACAGCUGCUCAAGUCCUAAAAGCCUGGAAAUUUGUGCAAGAAUUUCUUGAAAAUUAGAAGUUGCAUUAUUAUUUGGCCUUGUGUGUGUAGAAAUUUAUUACGGUGUAUGUGGUAUCAAAAUAAAAAAAUAUACGUUUUAUUUUUA